AUGGGAAAUUGUAACGCAUGCGUAAGACCGGACGAGAGUCCGGAAAGUAAACCGAACCGAUCGGACCAGAAUCAGAAAGGAAAGAAAAAACACCGGGAAAGAAAAACGAACCCGUUCGCCGACAGAGUCACCUCGCCUGCUCCGAUCCGAGUUCUAAAAGAUGUGAUCCCACUGAGUCACCGAACUCGAAUUUUCGACAAGUACAUACUCGGGCGCGAGCUGGGGCGAGGUGAGUUUGGGAUCACUUACCUCUGCACGGACAGGGAAACGCGCGAAGCCCUUGCGUGCAAGUCAAUCUCCAAGAAGAAACUCCGGACAGCCGUCGACAUCGAAGAUGUCCGGCGCGAGGUUGCCAUAAUGUCGACGUUGCCGGAACAUCCGAAUAUUGUGAAGCUGAAAGCGACGUAUGAGGACAACGAAAACGUUCAUUUGGUUAUGGAGCUUUGUGAGGGUGGGGAAUUGUUCGACAGGAUAGUGGCGAGAGGGCAUUACACGGAACGCGCGGCGGCGAACGUCACGAAGACGAUAGCUGAGGUGGUUAAGAUGUGCCACGAGAAUGGCGUUAUGCAUAGAGAUUUGAAGCCUGAGAAUUUUUUGUUUGCCAACAAGAAAGAACACUCGCCGCUAAAAGUGAUCGAUUUUGGUUUGUCUGUGUUCUUUAAGCCUGGGGAGAAGUUCUCCGAGAUUGUGGGGAGUCCAUAUUAUAUGGCCCCUGAAGUUUUGAAACGAAACUAUGGACCAGAGGUUGAUGUGUGGAGUGCUGGUGUGAUCCUGUACAUUUUGUUAUGUGGGGUUCCUCCCUUUUGGGCAGAGACCGAACAGGGCGUUGCUCUUGCGAUUUUGAGAGGGGUCAUUGAUUUUAAGAGGGAACCUUGGCCUCAAGUUUCUGACAGUGCUAAGAGUCUUGUUAGGCUGAUGUUAGAAUCGGAUCCUAAACAAAGGUUGACUGCUCAACAGGUGCUCGAGCAUCCCUGGUUGCAAAAUAUGAAGAAAGCUCCGAAUGUUCCAUUGGGAGAUAUUGUGAGAGCCAGGCUCAAGCAGUUUUCGGUGAUGAAUAAAUUUAAGAAGAAGGCUUUAAGGGUAAUUGCAGAGCACUUAUCAGUAGAAGAGGUUGAAGUGAUCAAAGAUAUGUUCACAUUGAUGGAUACGGACAAUGAUGGGAAAGUUUCGUUUGAGGAGCUAAAGGCCGGUCUUCGAAAGGUUGGUUCGCAGUUGGCGGAACCAGAGAUCAGGAUGUUAAUGGAAGUGGCUGAUGUUGAUGGAAAUGGAGUGUUGGAUUAUGGGGAAUUUGUAGCAGUGACAAUUCACUUGCAGAAGAUGGAGAAUGAUGACAAUUUCCGCAGAGCAUUCAUGUUCUUUGACAAAGAUGGGAGUGGAUAUAUUGAACUGGAUGAGUUACAAGACGCAUUAGCAGAUGAAUCUGGUGAAACUGAUGUUGACGCACUGAACGACAUCAUGCGUGAAGUUGACACUGACAAGGACGGGCGAAUCUGUUAUGAUGAAUUUGUGGCCAUGAUGAAAGCUGGCACCGAUUGGAGAAAGGCAUCCAGGCAGUAUUCGAGAGAGAGGUUCAAGAGCUUGAGUCUUAACUUGAUGAAAGAUGGUUCCUUGCAGCUCCAUGAUGCGGUUACCGGCCAAGCUGUUGCUGUUUGAGGUAACAGGAUCGAUCAACUUUGUUAUGCUUGUUCCUGCUUGACACUUCUCUCUCACCAUUUGCUGUCGAUAAAUGAUCUAUAUCUGAAACGUACCAAACCAGUUGCUUAUCGGAAUGGCAUUUAGGUUCGAGUGUAACACCGAGCAUUUUGGUGGCAAACGCAAUAUUCUUUCAUAACAUGUUUACAUCACCAUUUGCUGUCGAUAAAUGAUAUAUAUAUUUUUUCAUGUCAUGUUUGGUGAUCGACUUCGUAUUGUUUCAUUUUACUAUUUUGUGCAGAAUGUAGUGUAGAGUUGUCUUCGACAAAUGUGACAUUAUAAAUAUGUUUCCAAUCUUUGUUUUAUA